CAGAAACACCUUUUCUGCGUCCCAUGCCGACCGUCCCAUGCUGGUAAUUAAUUUUCUCGCCUGAAGGUCGACUGUGCAGAGUCCCUCUCGGAAACCCAGUCGACAUGGCCGCCGUACCCGACAUUGAGAAGUCCGCCCAAGUGAGCCGACCGCCAUCCCGACAUGGAGACGUCUCGGAGACACAAGGGGAAGAGAUGGCGACUCCUCUCCCCGAAGGAGAUUUCCAGCCCCCAGACGGAGGACUUGUUGCUUGGUCUCAAGUCCUAGCGGGUGUGCUUAUCAACAUGAUGGCAUGGGGCUACCCCUCGACAUUUGGCGUAUACCAGCUCUACUACCGAGACACACUCAAGCUCCCCGAAUCCCAGAUAUCGUGGAUUGGCUCCCUACAGGUCUUUCUCGCAUUUGCCAUGUGCACAGUUUCUGGGAGGCUGGCGGACGCCGGAUACGUGAAGUCGACAAUCAUCGCUGGCUCGUUCAUGGUUGUGCUUGGGACCAUGAUGACAAGCCUUUGCAAGCAAUAUUGGCAGAUUUUCCUCGCCCAGGGCCUGCUUACAGGGUUGGGUCUCGGGAUCGUCUUCAUGCCCCCACUGUCCGUCAUCAACUCGUACUUUGUGACGAAGCGAUCUUCGGCCCUCGCUAUCUCGGCCACCGGAACCGGUCUCGGCAGCGUUAUCCUUCCUGCCACGAUUCAAUACCUGAUACCACAGGUCGGAUUUCCAUGGGCGGUCAGAUGCGCCGGCUUUGUGACCUUGUUUGUCGCCACGCUUUCGGUUCUGAUACUCAGACCCAAGCUGAGGCCGAGGAAGUCGGGGCCCAUGGUUGAGUGGGACGCAUUUAGGGAGGGCCCUUACCUGUUGUACACGCUCGGCGCCUUUCUCUUUUUCUGGGCACUUUAUUUUGGUUUCUUCUACAUCAACGCUUACGCUCGCAACGUCAUUCAUUUUUCCACCACAGACUCGGUUCAGCUCCUCCUCAUUACGAACGGCAUGAGCGUGCCGAGCAGGCCCCUAACGGGCUACUUGGCCGAUCGAUACUUUGGGCCCAUCAACCUGUACACCUUUCAGACGCUGGUCCUCGGCUGCAUGAUCUUUGCGUGGACCGGCGUGAAGACGCGGACGGGCAUGUACGUGUUCGCUGCCUUCUUUGGCCUGACAGUCGGCGCAGCCCAGGGGCUCUACGCGGGCUCGCUGGCCAGCCUGACCAAGGACCCGAGGAAGAUGGGCACGCGGUUCGGCAUGGUCUGCACCAUCGUGGCGUUUGCCUCGCUCGCGGGGCCGCCCACAGCGGGUGCCAUCAUUGAUAAGUCGGAUGGGCGCUAUUUGUGGGCGCAGAUAUGGGCCGGGCUGGUGAUCGUUUUGGCAUCCCUCGUCCUGACCGCGACGAGGUGCGCGGUGACGGGUUUUAAGCUCUGGGUCAAGAUCUGACAUUGCGGACCUUGCCAUGCCGUUGGUGGAAGAUGAUGUCUGAGACAAGCGGGUUGAGAGAGUCCCUGCUUCCGUCCUUCCGUACACACGUGUGCAGCACAUGAUAUGUUUCACACGGGCACGAAAAGGUGAGACAAUGUCAUCUCUCUUGCUG